AUUGGGCCUAACGUGGCACACGCUGUACAACGCUCUAACGCCCAUCCGCACACCAUUGAGCUCCAUGGCCGCCCGCUGAACCAGCUGCCAGCACAACCAGAGUCGACGCUGGCCGCUCCGUUACCCACCAACAACCGCUGACGCGCAGCACCACUCGCAAAACCUCCAGCCAAACAGCUGCCCAGACAUCGAGCUGAAGGACGCAGCUGCAGCCGCACGGGCAGAAAUCAGCAUGGCUUCUGCCGACGAAUCUCAUUCGCGGCCCAAGAGGCCAGCCGCCAUGACCAGACAGUCGUCGUCGCAGUCGCAUCUUUCGCAGUCGCCGUCCGAAGGCCCUCAACGACCCGUCCAACACAAGGUCCAGCGCCAUGUCGUUGGCCAACGCGUGCAAAGGAACCUGUCCGCAGGCAAGAAUCUAAACAAGCUGGCCAAAGCUGGCCAGCAGGUCCAGCAGGCCGCAGAGAACACAGGGCGACACCAUCGCAGGUCACAGUCAGGAAACUCAGUGUCCGCCCCUAGCAGUCCUCGUCCAAGCUUCAAGCGCAAUGCAUCGUCGGGCGCCAUCGUGAGGGUAAACCAACAGGUACAAGCGCAAGCCAACUUGCGCAAGAACUUCUCGAGUGGGCAUCUGGCGCGUCAGGGACAUGCAAAGCACGCACUGAAAGCGUCCAAGACCGAGGCACCAGCAGCAAAGCGCUCGCUAGGAAACCACAACAAGUCGCGUCCACCUUCACCGGAAGCCCACGCUACCGUUCACUUCGACGCGGCUAUCGACGACGAGGGCGGUGACGACGGCUGGACCGAAGAGAGCGCAUCUCAAUCACCCAAUACAACGAGGUCGAAUACCCGCUCCAACUCGGUCAUACUCGAGGCACAACACAAGAUAGCCCUAGAAAACAUGGAGAACAACAGGGGAGAACCAUCAUCUCAAGUGACAGCCACUCAAGAGCCCCCGACUCAAGCAACCCAAACCCUCACCGAUCGCACACGCAACAACACUCGGGCCAACGGCGGAAGCUCUCACCAGCACUCACGGCCAGCAGAUGCUGACAUGAUCACCUCACGGCUUCUACAGCGUAGCGCCUCUCACAACGUCCCUCCACAAACCUCAUCAGUCGCAGCAACAGCGGUGUCCUCAUCGGAUCGCCACAACCUGAUGAGCACCAGUGUUGGCUCUACACUCGUAGAUACGCCAGGAAGAGAUCUGGUGUCGCGCUUCAUGGACGGUGAUGGUUCAGCUGGCACACCGAAAGUCGGAGGAUACAUGCCAUCGCGCACUCCUUCAACGGUAGAAGGGGCCGAGCUCAGCCGAAGCAAGAGGAACAAAUCGAUGCCGAACGUCAGCGACGCAGAUGCACCACCCAAAGCAGCUGAGCGCUCAGGCACUAACACGCCAAACAACAACCUACCACCAUCGCGCACACAGCAGAAGCUCAUGCUCCAGCGUGCGUCGUCCAACAUUGAUCCACAGAAGCUGGUUCCAGUCACGCUUCCCCGCAAUGGCGGCCCCAAUUUCUUGCAUUCUGGUAUGCACUACAAUGCCGAUGGCGAGGGGCGUCUUGACCCUCGCUUGCAGCAGCAGUUGAACAAUGUCGCGGUCGAGUACAAGGUCGUGCGAAGGUAUCGUAACCCCCUCGCAGACGCACUCGCGCGCAUUCAGCAAACCCCCGGAAUGUCGCAAAAGUCACGCAUACCCAAGGCGGCAAGCCUAAACGGAUUCGCGAACGUGCACGGCACCAGCAGUCUAAGCACAAGUUUCCACGAAACUGGCCUUGAAACCGAUGGGGCAGGUUCGCGGAGGUCGCGAGUCAGUUUGGAGCGUGACCCAAGCCGCAGCAGGACCAACCGUGACGAGGGCGACUUUGAAGGCCUACAGAGUUUUGAAAGCGAUGAAGCUCAAAGUCGAAACGAAGCCGACGAGAUCUGCCGCCGUCUAUGGGAGAGUGCCGAGGUGGUCGAAGCCGACUGAAUGUCUUUGCGCGCUGAUCAAACGUCCAAGACUCAAAUUGAAGUGAUGCGCCGUGGGCGUAUAUCUCUCACGCGUGCUGAGACAGAGUUCAAGGCGUCGCGAAGUCUAUUGUCAUCUUGGCUUGGGCCUCAAAAGAGGUGGCACUAGGGUUGGUCUGGGGCUGGGGCUGGGGCUGGCUUGAAAUUGCACGGCGUUGCAAUCAGUCUGCGAAGUCAAUCAUUUGUGCCGACCAAAUUGUACGAUGGAUGAGGAGGGC